UUUUACAGUUGCUUGCUUAUUUUUGUUAAACAUACAAAAUCUCUAGAAAAGGAUGCAAGUCAGACCUGCUUUGCAGAAGGUAUCUGGAAGUACAGGAAGGUUUCACUAACAUCAUCUUGUGUUGGACAGGACUGCCUCUGGUAAAGGCAAAAUGGCUUUCAGUAAAGGAUACCGCAUCUAUCACAAGCUGGAUCCACUUCCAUUCAGUGUGAUAGUGGAAGCCAGAAACAGAGAAGAAUGUCUCAUGUUUGAAUCCGGAGCUGUGGCUGUCCUCUCUUCUGCAGAAAAAGACACAAUCAAGAAUACCUAUUCCAAAGUAAUGGAUGCAUAUGGUCUUUUGGGUGUAUUAAGAUUAAAUCUUGGAGACACAUUGUUACAUUAUCUGGUUCUAGUAACAGGAUGCAUGUCUGUGGGAAAGAUUCAAGACUCGGAAGUUUUUCGAGUUACUUCCACCGAGUUUGUGUCGUUACGGAUUGAUUCAACAGAUGAGGAUCGUAUUUCAGAAGUGCGCAAAGUUUUGAACUCGGGCAACUUUUAUUUUGCAUGGUCUGCAACUGGGGUCAGUUUAGAUCUUAGUCUCAAUGCUCACCGCAGCAUGCAGGAGCACACCACUGACAAUAGGUUCUUCUGGAACCAGUCACUGCAUUUACAUCUGAAGCACUAUGGUGUGAACUGUGAUGACUGGUUGUUACGUCUCAUGUGUGGAGGAGUGGAGAUAAGGACAAUUUAUGCGGCUCACAAGCAGGCAAAGGCUUGUCUCAUUUCACGACUGAGCUGUGAGCGGGCUGGCACCAGAUUUAACGUUCGGGGAACAAAUGAUGAUGGACAUGUUGCUAACUUUGUUGAAACAGAGCAGGUGAUAUUUUUGGAUGACUCUGUGUCAUCUUUCAUACAGAUUCGAGGAUCUGUUCCAUUAUUUUGGGAGCAGCCAGGUCUGCAGGUGGGAUCCCAUCGUGUCAGAAUGUCAAGGGGUUUUGAGGCGAAUGCACCAGCUUUUGACAGGCAUUUCCAAACUCUUAAAAAUUUAUAUGGCAAGCAAAUAAUUGUAAAUUUACUUGGGGCAAAAGAAGGGGAGCACAUGCUCAGCAAAGCUUUUCAGAGCCAUUUGAAAGCAUCUGAACAUUCAACUGAUAUCAAAAUGGUGAACUUCGACUAUCAUCAAAUGGUUAAAGGUGGAAAAGCAGAAAAACUGCACAGUGUGCUUAAACCUCAAGUCCAGAAAUUCUUAGAGUGUGGAUUUUUUUAUUUUGAUGGAAAGGAAGUUAAAAGAUCUCAAAGCGGUACUGUCAGAACAAACUGCUUGGACUGUCUGGAUAGAACAAACAGCGUACAAGCUUUCUUUGGCUUGGAGAUGCUAACAAAACAACUGGAGGUGUUAGGAUUAGCUGAGAAGCCUCAGUUGGUUACUCGCUUUCAGGAAGUUUUCCGAUCCAUGUGGUCUGUGAAUGGUGAUUCUGUCAGUAAAAUUUAUGCUGGAACUGGAGCCCUUGAAGGGAAAGCUAAGGCUGGAAAGCUGAAGGAUGGUGCUCGUUCUGUGACCAGAACGAUUCAAAAUAACUUUUUUGAUAGCUCCAAGCAGGAGGCCAUUGAUGUUUUGUUAUUGGGAAAUACCCUAAAUAGUGAUUUAGCAGAUAAAGCACGGGCUCUCUUAACCACCAGCAGUUUACGCGUUUCAGAGCAAUCAUUACAAUCAGCAUCUGUAAAAGUGCUAAAGAGUAUGUGUGAAAACUUUUAUAAGUAUGCAAAACCGAAAAAAAUUAGAGUCUGUGUCGGGACAUGGAAUGUCAACGGGGGGAAGCAGUUUCGAAGUAUUGCCUUUAGAAAUCAGACCCUCACUGACUGGCUUCUAGAUGCACCAAAGUUAGCUGGAAUUCAUGAAUUCCAAGAUCGCAAAAGCAAGCCUGUAGACAUAUUUGCCAUUGGAUUUGAAGAAAUGGUGGAGUUAAAUGCAGGAAACAUUGUGAAUGCCAGCACAACCAAUCAGAAGCUCUGGGCCGCUGAGCUGCAGAAGACUAUAUCAAGAGAUUACAAGUAUGUGCUGCUGGCUUCUGAGCAGUUGGUGGGCGUCUGCCUUUUUGUGUUCAUCAGGCCCCAGCAUGCGCCUUUUAUCAGGGAUGUUGCUGUUGACACUGUAAAGACUGGCAUGGGAGGAGCCACUGGUAAUAAAGGUGCAGUAGCAAUUCGGAUGUUGUUCCAUACAUCCAGUCUUUGCUUUGUCUGCAGUCAUUUUGCUGCAGGGCAAUCACAAGUUAAGGAGAGAAAUGAAGACUUCAUAGAAAUAGCUCGCAAGCUCAGUUUUCCAAUGGGAAGGAUGCUCUUUUCCCAUGAUUAUAUCUUUUGGUGUGGUGACUUUAAUUAUCGAAUUGAUAUUCCAAAUGAGGAGGUUAAGGACCUAAUACGACAACAGAACUGGGACUCCCUUAUUGCAGGAGACCAGCUUAUGAAUCAGAAAAAUUCUGGACAGAUUUUUAGGGGAUUUUUGGAAGGCAAAAUAAAUUUUGCUCCCACAUACAAAUAUGAUCUGUUUUCUGAUGACUAUGACACCAGUGAAAAAUGUCGCACACCAGCAUGGACAGAUCGUAUUCUCUGGAGAAGAAGAAAAUGGCCUUUUGACCGAUCAGCUGAAGACCUGGAUCUUCUGAAUGCUAGUUUUCACAGUGACAGUAACGUCCCUUAUACAUGGAAUCCUGGUACUUUGUUGCACUACGGAAGAGCAGAGCUGAAAACAUCUGAUCAUAGGCCUGUGGUUGCAUUGAUUGACAUUGACAUAUUUGAAAUUGAAGCAGAAGAGAGACAAAAGGUUUAUAAGGAGGUGAUUGCAAUGCAGGGACCACCUGAUGGUACUGUAAUGGUCUCCAUCAAAAGUUCUUCAGCAGAAGAAAACUAUUUUGAUGACAACUUAAUUGAUGAACUUCUUCAAAAAUUUGCAGGCUAUGGUGAAGUUAUACUUAUAAGGUUUGUAGAAGACAAGAUGUGGGUAACAUUUUUGGAAGGAAGCUCUGCUUUGAAUGUUAUGAAUUUGAAUGGUACUGAGCUACUAGGAAGGAUUAUAAACAUAAGUUUGAAAAAUCCAGAUUGGAUCAGAACUUUGGAAGAUGAAAUGAAUCUAGAGAAGAUUAAUAUUGCGCUACCUUCAUCAACAAGCUCCACUUUGCUUUGUGAAGAUGCUGAGGUUACUGCUGACUAUGAUAUGGAAGGAGACAUUGAUGACUACAGUGCAGAAGUAGAAGAAAUCCUUCCUCAGCAUCUGCAGCCUACUUCAAGCUCUGGUCUUGGAACCUCCCCAAGCUCUUCGCCACGUUCCAGUCCCUGUCAAUCCCCUACGCUGUCAGAUGGACCUGCCCUCCCAGUGAGACCGAGCAGAGCACCGGCAAAAACUCCUGGACCACCUGUUUCCACACACACUGAAUUUCAGGUUGGCACCCAGCAGAAAGAGUCUUCUCAGAGCCUGGAGCCUAAGCGUCCUCCUCCACCUCGCCCAGUUGCUCCUCCUGCGCGACCCUCUCCACCACAGAGGCCACCUCCACCAUCAGGCGGUAGGAGUCCUGCACCUGCUAGAAAAGAAUAUGGAGGUCUUGGAGCUCCUCCCAGUCCUGGGGUAGCUAGGAGAGAAGUAGAAGCACAAAAAAGUCCUGGAACACAAAGAAAAGAUAACUUAGUUCGUAAUCAGCCUCCACCUUCACCUGGAAUUUCAAGCACAGGAGCUGCUGGAUAUGGUACAACCAGACCGACUAUUCCACCUCGAGCUGGAGUUAUUAGUGCGCCACAAAGCCAUGCACGUCCCUCUGGGGGAAGACCAGCACCUGAAACUCAGACGAAACCAGCUGAACCACCAAGGGGCUCACCGUCGCUUCCUGAACCACUAAAGCCUCAGGCUGCUGGACCUGCUCAGCCCACGACCACUCAGACACCUCCUGUGCUAAAAAUGCAGGAGCCUCUGAUACCUGUAUCAUCACAUCCACCUCAGACAAGUGCCCCACAAAGUCUGGAACCCCCACAACCACCUCCUCGGAGCCGAUCAUCUCAGAGUUUGCCUUCUGAAUCUGUUCCUUCACAGCAGCAAAUGAAAACAAAUGGAGCAUACGGCACUAAACUUGAAACGCAGUUAAACAGUGACCCUUUUGAAGAUUUGUCGUUUAAGCUGCUUGUGUCAAAGAUGCAGACAUCUGUCCGAAAAUCACCUGUUCCAACUUUGAACCAGAAGGAGUCGAUACAGUUGCCUUCAGCAACACAAAGAAAUGAUGAUAUUUUGAAUACUUUAAAUUGCAUGCCAGCAAUGCCUCCUGUUCUGACCUUUAACACAUCACAGGAACAUAAGCGCAGCUCUCCAAAUCCAUUUAUUACUGGACUGAACUGCACAAACCCAUUCACUGAAAGAACUCCUAAUGCUGGAAACCCAUUUAGAACAGAUACACAAGAGUCUGAAAUAACUUCACGUUUACUAGAAGGACGUGCCUCUUGCAAUCCUUUCCCUUCUCUAAAUCCUCUCAGUUGUAAUACAGGCAAGCCUGUAUUUUCUGUGGAUGCGUCUGAAAAUACUUUUUGCUUGCCAGGUAAAUCUGUCAUGGUAAAAAACGUACAGCCAAAAGGAUGGGUAACAUUUGAUGAUGAUGAUAAUUUCAACGUAAAGCUAAAGCCAUCUAAAAGUGUUCCAGAUAUUAAGCAAAUCAGCUCCAGGAAGUCAGAUGGCUCUCCAGAUUUGCUGGGCACUGAGCAAAAUACUUUUCUUGGUUCAGACUUUAACUUUGAUAAUGACUGGAAUAGAAGUUUGACUGAUUGCUUCUAUACAAUGCCAGCAAGAAGACCACCUGCACCUCCCAUACCAUCAAGAGUAACCAGCAACAGAUCCCCCACAGAUCCUUUCACUUCCUUGGCACCUAAGGUGUCACCAACACAGGAUUUUACAGAAAGAUAGCUGUUCAAAUAUAUAAGAGGUUAUAUUUGUUGCUACAUUUAUCCAGUAGAAUAAUUGGGCAUUUGAGAUUAUUCUGUGUGCAAUAAUUAUGUCAAAUGCACUGAAACGUAACUCUGCUCGUAAACGGCCACUCUUGUUUGUGUAUAAAUUUUGAAUAUGUAUAUAUGGUAGAGCACAAAAAAUUGUCUGAAAUGUAUUAAAAUCCCAAUGUAAUAGUGUUUGCAUAGACAGAGAAAAGAGGGAUGAGCUACUAAUCUCAUUAAAAUAUAGCAAUCUUGAAAAUGGUUUCUGCUUAGGGAGCCCUCCCAUUUAUGUUCCUCUUUGUGGAAUUUCUAGGAAAGAGGCUCCUUGCUGGUAGCCUCCCCAUUCCCUUUUUACUGUUUUGUUAAUUGAUAUUUAUAAAUUGAUAUUUACCAAAGAGCUGCCAAAGUUUAUUGAGAUUUGAAUGUUGACAACUAUUGUUUAGAAGUUGUUUAAUUUAUAACAGAGGCUGUGGAUAUUUGUAAGGCAUAUAUUUGAAUGUGAGGCACAACAAAAAUAGUUUAAUUUCAAACAAAAAUUUGCUUAUUAAUAUAUUCAGUAUUUUAAUUUUCUGUGUCAGUAUAUUUCAGCUAUUAAAUCUUACUGUGACAUACACUCACUAGCAUUACUUCAGAAUAACUGUUCCAUAUCAUCCACUUAUUUUAAAGAUGCUUCCCUUCCCCCCGCCAGAUCAGAAACAACUGAUACAAGUUUUCCAUUAACCUCUGGGAAGAAAAUUCCCCUUGGGUUUUGAGAAACAAAAGUGGUCUUCAUCAGUUGCAGCCAACAUAUUGGAGUUGGCUUGUCCCAUUCUGCUCUUCUGCACAUUAGAAGGGUCCUAUAGAAAGCCCUGAGCAAAGGAAUUAGCAGCCAUGUUGUAACAGCAGAGGAGAUGGUCACUUGUGUGAUAGAGUUCUCCACUCAGCAUCCUCCCCAUCCACAAGACUGACUGCUGUAUUUGUAAAAUUGUACUUUCAAAGAAAACAAGGAGAACAGUAGUUCUCUGAACAAUAUCAUUCCAUCACUUCUGCAGUUAAAACUGAAUGAGUGACUUCCUCACUCAGUGACAGGGACCAUUGUCAAUGUGGUGCUGCUUUGAGGCUAGUGAAGGCUUAGUCACCAUUCUACAUGCUGUGCUAUAAAAACAUAACUCUUUGUGCUUUCAUGAUUUUCUAAAGCUCAAAUGAGAUUACAUAUAAUAUGGCAUGUUGUUAUCCAGAGGCAAUUUAAAAUAACCAGUUUCCUUAGCUCCAUUUAUGUGUGCUAUAACAACCCUGCAGUUCUCCUUGCAGUUCAUAGUGUCUUCGGACAUUUACUUAGGACUAUUACACAGCUGCCUACUUUUAUCCAAAGCUGAACGUGUCGUGCUGUUGUCAUCUCUUGGGGGACUGCAAAUAUAUCCCUACACACCUUGGCUUAAUUGCGAACAGGCUACUGGUUCUGCAAAACCAGGGACUGAAACACAACAUACUAGCAUUAUAUUUACAGUAGCCAAACGCACAGUGUAAGUACUUUUUUUAAAAUGCUGUCAAAAGGUUAUUUAUAAAAUAAUCCACUCUUCCUUUAAACAGUGUAUGGUUGGCCAUAAGCUGCAGUUGGGUAAAGGAUCGUGAGUUUUCUAUUGCGCUUUGUAUCUGUUCAGGCCAUUAAACAGCACUUGUACAUUUUACACAGCAGUGGUAUUAUACUCCUUGUGUGCUUCAGUGCGUGAAUUCCCUUGUUUUAAACUGUUGCUAUAAACAUCUGUGUGAUUGGUGUUUUGGUAUAUUCUUACAUUAUUUCAAAACAAUUGGGGGGGGGAACUUUUGCUAGUGGAUAAAUAUGUUCUUCGUUGAGUAUCUAAUUACAGUGAUUACAAACUACUGGCUAAACUGUACCUGGUAUACAGCACCUCUACACUUUACAGGAUUAUGGAGACUGACAGCGACAUACUGCAAACAUCACCAGAACUCUCCAGAAAUAAAGUGUGUGUGUAUAUAUCUAGCUAACCACUGUAACGUGUAUUAACGCCAAUAAUUACUAGCAGGAGUUCUGCAGAUAAUGAGAAUUAAAAUUAGAGACGCUC